CGGAGCCGGAGCCGGAGGGCAACACGCCGCCGGCUACGCCCCCAACCCGCUACACGCCGCCGGCUUCGCCUCCCCUACGACUUACGCUGGCGAGCGCGCGCAAGCUGCCAUGGACGCCGGCUGGGGAGCUUAGCGGGAACCUCGGCGGCGCAACGCCUCCCGAGCGCAGUCAUAUUACAGCAGCUACUAUUCUCUGCUGGCUGUAAAUGGAGCAGAACCUGGAUCCUGGUCCUGUUGAUAAAUCUGUUCUUGUAGAGCAGGAGCUUCAUAAAUCUGAAGCUAUAUCUGUUGGGAAGGUGUACAAACCUAUUAGGUUUAUCGAACAUGGCACAAGACUUAACCAAUGGGAAGUGAAGCAUGAGGGAAUGCUUGCAAUAUUGCAGCGAGCUGGAUUUUACCACCUGUGUUUCUUGAAGAGGGUUCAGUUGGACCAUGCUUUGUUAAAUGCUUUGGUCGAAAGGUGGCGGCGUGAAACACAGACCUUCCACUUGCGGUUUGGAGAGAUGGCUGUCCUCUUGAAGGAUGUGGCCAUUCUUACUGGACUUCGCGUAGAUGGUACUCCUGUGACUGGCGCAACAGGCUGUCAUUGGGAACAAUUGUGUUUAGAGCUACUAGGCCAAGAACCUCCACAGAUAAAAGGUGGUUCUAUCAACAUUGCAUGGUUGUAUGACACUUUCAGUAACUUGCCAGAGGGAGCUAAUCAGUCAGAAAUAGAGCAUGCUACACGGGCCUACAUAAUGUACCAAAUUGGCUGCAGUUUAUUUCCUGACCCGAGUGGGACUCGAGUGCACUUAAGAUACUUGGCACUGCUUCGUGAUUUUGAUGCCUCAGGGGAGAUGGCUUGGGGGGCUGCUGUUCUUGCUCACCUCUACAGAGAACUUGGAAAGGCUAGCAUGAAGGGCAAGGCUAACUGUUGUGCUUUUCUCACUCUUCUUCAGAUAUGGGCAUGGGAGCAUAUCCAGAUAGGCCGUCCUGAAAGACUGGAGAAUAAAUCUCUAAACGGCGAUCAGCCCCUUGGAUGCAGAUGGGACGUACCCUUCAAGAACCGUGAAAAUGUCCGAUCCAUAGACCAGGAAUUUUACAGGCAUGGGCUUGAUACUAUAACAGAUUGUCAGAUAACAUGGGACCCGUACAAACCAAGUCUGAUCGAUGGCCUGCCUGCGCUAUGCACACUUGGAUCUGCAGUUUGGCAAUCAAGAACUCCAUUAAUCUGCUUCCAAAUAGUGGAAAUGCAUGUGCCUGAUCGUGUCUUACUACAAUUCGGAAUGAUGCAGCACAUUCCAGACCCAGUUGAGGCAGUUGAGCGUGUUACAAUGCAGGGAAAAACAGAUGAGGAUUGGUCUACCUACCAUGAGAAGUACAUUAAGCAAUGGGAUAACAGGCUCCAUUCAGUUGCUGGCCUGCACAAUGCCGUGAAUUCAGAUCCUACUCAUGCAAGGAAUUGUUACUUAGAGUGGUACUGGCAGAUCACGCGUCGAUGGAUCUCCACUCCAGUAGAGUGUCCGUUUAUAUCGUAUCAGUUAUCUGGGCACAGCGAGAAAGCUCUGGUUGAUCUGGUAAGUACGGUGCAGGGGCGAAUUAGAGCGUUGUUAUCAGGUGAAAUCGACGGGGAGAGGGUCAAAGAAUCACUUAACGAUAUCGAUAUGUAUAUUACUUCUGAAAUGGAGAAAUCACAGUUUGCUACCACAGCAUGUGCUGAUGAAACAGGCUGCUUAAACUACACGAAUCAACAUAUGGUUCUGCCCUCAACUCUGCUGCAGGUUAUGCAAAUUGUUGUUCCAACUGAAAUGAGAAACGGGAGUGUUGAAUCAGCGACGACCUGUUCAGCUUCUGUGGAUUUUGCUCAAGCUACUGUUACAAAGCUGGAACAAGUCACUGGUGAUUGCAUGGAGCGAAAUUCCAUGCUACAAUUGGACCAAACGAGGGAAAUUCAACCUGCAGGAGGAACAGCUGUAGGGCCUUGUCCUACACGAGAUGACACUAGCAACUGGAGCGAGGAUGUGCAUCAUCAUCAGAAAGAAGAUCCUCUUUCUGCGUCCACGACAGAAGUCAAUCUGCGGGACAUAAUGAGCACACCGGUAGAGGAUGCUGUGACUGAGAUUAUGAAUACGUCUCCUAAGGAUGUUACGCUGGAGGAGACUUCAGAUGCAGAAAUGAAGAAUGGAGAAGGCCAUCCGCUAACUUCCUAUGUUCUCAUUGAGACUGUGGACGCGCAGGAGGAUGUUGAGCCUAUGGAUAACAAUAGGAUCCGCAAGAAGGUUGAUCAUGAACCACAGGAGUGUGUUCAUGCACCUGUGAUUAACAGUGCAGAUGAGGAGAUUGUUCGUGCAUUCAGGAAAGACAAUUGCAUGGACGCCACUCAUGUUGAUCCUGACAGCGUUGCAGGUCAGGAAACUGUGAGCAAAUCAUCGGAUGGUCCAGAAUCUUACAAGAUAUUGGGCGUACCUUCACAUGAUGAUCAACUGCAAAAGGUCACUAGUGCAUCUGGGAAGGAUGAUAUAGUUGAUGACGUUGUGGGCAUGAGAACAGGCAAUAGUACAGGUCAGGGGGCGAUUGGUGGACCUUUCAAUGCCACUGGACUUGGAGAGAACUUGAAUGCUUCUGAGGAUAAGCCAAGUUCAAUGCAAGAAGAUGCUGGACCUCCAUCAGGUUCUGAACAGGAAGAACCUGCUGCUGCUGCUGCAGUGCCAGGGUGCGGUGAGGACCAUGUUGUUGAUGCAGCGCAAAACCUUAUCUUGCAAGCGGAUGUUGAUGACCAAAUUGGGAACAACGCUUUGGGCCCUGCAGUCUUGCAUAAAAGUGCUGUGCAUAUCACUAGCGUUGGAGAGAACCGUUCUAGUUCAUUCACUGUCGAAGCAACCGAUACACUUGAAAAGGAGACGUCUACCGGUGAUGGGUAUCCUGAUGAGUAUAAACUAUCUAGUAAAAGGAGGAAAGUGGCGGCUUCUUGGCAUGAAAAUGCGGAUGCCCCAGAUACUAAAAUAGAGGGAAAUGCGAAAACUGAUGAGCAAACUUGCCAGUAUGUUAGAACUGGCAGCGCCCAAGCCCAGAUGAUUGCAUUCACAAGAAGGAAAACAAAUAAGGCAGAAGUAAUGCAGUCUUCUCCCUGACUCCUGAUCCUCUCAUCUACUCUCCGUAAAGAAAUAUAAGAGCGUUUUUAGAUCACUAGUGAUCUAAACACUCUUACAUUUCUUUACAGAGGGAGUGUUUUAUUAAGCAAUAGUAUUUUUUUAGGGCUGGUUUUCCUUAUGUAUGUUGUUGUAUGGAGGAUGGGCAUACUGGGAUAUGAAAAAUUGUUUGUUGCCAACUUUGUAGAAGUGGAUAUGAAAAAUCUUUGCUUACAUGUU